ACAAGACUCCAUUCCCUUCUUUAAUUUCCAUCUCCUAAAGCAUGUGUAAGUUGCUCCAUAUACCCACGACCACAAGGUGAUAUUAACAAAGUGAAGAAGAAAAUAUGGAAGGUUUUAGCAUGUUGCUACUGUGCCUUUCUCUCGUGAACAAUGUAGCAGUCUCUAUUGCAAGAGACACAAUUGAUAGAGUACAAUUUCUGAGCGAUAAUGGUGAGACCAUAGUUUCAGCUGAUGAAACCUUUGCACUAGGGUUUUUUAGCCCUGGAACUUCUAAGAAUAGGUAUGUCGGAAUUUGGUAUAACAAAGUUCCAAAACAGAGUAUCGUAUGGGUUGCCAACAGAAACAAGCCCUUAACAAACUUAUCGGGGGUCCUGAAGGUCAUCGACAACGGAAUCUUAGUUCUUCUUGAUCGUAACAACAAUAAUGUCACCAUCUGGUCCUCUAAUACAACUUCAACAGCAACACAGGAUCCAAUUGCAAAGCUUCUGAAUUCAGGAAAUCUUGUAGUGCGUGAGAGAAGCAAAGGUGAUGAUGACAACAAAAAUUUUUUGUGGCAGAGUUUUGACUAUCCAUCCGAUACAAUGCUACCUGGACAAAAGCUAGGGAGAAAUUUGGUUACAGGUCUAAACCGGUACCUAAGAUCAUGGAACAACUCUAAUGAUCCAUCUUACGGUAGAUAUAGUUUACAACUUGAUAUAGAUGGAUGUCCACAGCUUAUGAUCCGAGACGGCGCAACCAAAAGCGUUCGCAUCGGAUCAUGGAACGGCGUUCAAUUUAGCGGACAAGCAGCGGUGGCUAAAAAAACCUCCAUAGUUAAAUAUAACUAUGUUUCCAACGAGGAAGAAGAAUAUGCUACUUAUGAGCUUAUCAACAGUGUAGCUCCUCAUAAAUUAGUGUUAGAAACCGAUGGAAUCUGCCGUCGGGCAACAUGGAGUAAUGAGGAAUCAUCUUGGAUCACCAUUUCAAAAAAGCCUGGAGAUUCUUGCGACUACCACGCAACGUGUGGGUCUUAUUCUCGUUGUAAUAGCAAUAGUAACCCUAUGUGCGAUUGCUUGGAUGGAUUUAUACCAAGUAACGAGCAAGAUUCGUAUAGCGAUUGUGUUAGGAGAACUUCGUUGAAUUGCCAUGGAGAUGGGUUUUUGAAGCAUUCGGACUUGAAAAUACCAGACACGGAAAAAUCAUGGUGUAAUAGAAGCAUUAGCCUUGAAGAUUGUAGGGGUUUGUGUUUGAACAAUUGUUCUUGUACAGCUUAUGCAGCUUUAGAUAUUAGUAAAGGGGAGAAUGGGUGUUUGCUAUGGUUUGGAAAUCUUAAUGAUAUGGAAGAGUUGACUCCGUCUCUCCAAAAUAUCUAUAUAAGAAUGGCUGCUACGGAAUUAGAAACUAUACAAGAAAGUAAAUCGCGCAAGUCCAGAAUCCAGAAGAAAAAGACUAUCAUCAUAAGUUGUGUACUGUCGUUCGGAUUUUUGGCCUUAUUCGUGCUCUCCAUUCUCAUUUAUAAAUGGACGUUACAGAAAAAAGGUACAGUAAGUGGCCACCAUAACGAAGAAAUAGAAUUACCGUUGUUUGAUAUGUCCACAAUUAUUUCUGCAACCAAUAAUUUUUCUGCUGACAACAUACUUGGAAAAGGUGGUUCUGGAUCAGUUUAUAAGGGUAUUUUAAAAGAUGGACAAGAAAUAGCUGUCAAGAAGCUUUCACGAAAUUCAAGUCGAAGACUCCAAGAGUUUAAAAAUGAAGCUAUGCACAUUGCCAAACUUCAGCAUAGAAAUUUAGUGAAGCUAUUAGGAUUCUGUAUUCAAGAAGAAAGAUUGUUGGUUUAUGAAUUUAUGCGCAACAAAAGCUUGGACUUCUUCAUAUUCGAUUGUGAAAGAGGAAAACUAUUAGACUGGCGUAAGCGUUUUUUUAUAAUAAAUGGAAUUGUCAAAGGUCUUCUCUAUCUUCAUCAUGAUUCAAGGCAUAGAAUUAUUCACAGAGAUCUUAAGGCUGGAAAUAUUCUGUUAGAUGACGAAUUGAAUCCCAAAAUCUCAGACUUUGGACUAGCAAGAAGUUUCGUAGGAAAUGAAAAUGAAGAUAACACAAGCCAUAUCGCUGGAACUUAUGGCUAUUUGUCACCUGAAUACAUUAUUGACGGACUGUACUCAACGAAAUCCGAUGUCUAUAGCUUUGGUGUACUGGUAUUAGAAAUAGUCAGUGGAAAGAGAAAUAGAGGAUUCACCCAUGUGGAUCACCACCUUAAUCUUCUCGGUCAUGCAUGGACACUUUUCGCUAAAGGCAAGUGCUUAGAAAUGGUGGAUGUAAUGAUUAAAGACCUGAUUGAUUCACCAGAAGAAGUGAUAAGAUUAAUUCAUGUAGGUUUAUUAUGUGUUCAACGAAGACCAGAAGACCGGCCAAGCAUGUCCGAUGUGCUUAUGAUGCUAAGUAGUGAAGGGCCAUUGCCUCAACCAAAGAAGCCAGGGUUCUUUAUUGAGAGAGAUGUGGAUUUUGGUGAUUCUUCUUCCUCAAGGAAUGAUAAACUACUAUCAUCACUUAAUCAUCUUACAGUUAGCGAUGUCAAUCCGCGGUUAACUAGCAAAAUUGAUUGCAUGAAUCCAAAUUUAAAAGACAAUAACUAUGCUAAUGAUGCAAUAAUUAUGAGUGUAAAUUGGCAGAAGAAUCUGGACGUUUUGCUGUGUUCACGCCGAUCUUUAUCACAGCGUGUCCUCUCUGAUGUGGUUGUCAUCGUCAUUGAUGUAGCAACGGCAGAGAAAAGGGACACUGAGAUGUACGAUGAAGGCAAAUUGCGCCUCAGUUACAAGACCGGCAUGAUUACCCGCAUGACUUCACUCCUCUAUCUUGCAUUUCAUGAAAAAGUUGCAAUGCUUGGUCACCACAUCCAUGAAGACUGUAGGCACCGAUCAAAGUGCUCCAUGAAACAGAGGGAUGCGGUUUUUGUUGAUAGUGACGAAUCCGACGAGUCAGAUGUCGGUGAUAAAAAAGGAGUGGGUCACGGUGGGAAGGCGGAGAGGAUGGAUGAAAGUAUAACGAUUGUGUAUCAUCAUGGAGAUAGUAUUGUCACCAAACCAAAUGGCAGUUUAGUUUAUGAUAAUUAUCACACUGAUGAGUUGAAUGGGCUGGAUGGGGAUUUACUAGAUGUAUUUUUCCUGAGAGAUUACUACAACAUCCUUUAUGAUAACACGAUUGUGUAUCAUCAUGGAGAUAGUAUUGUCACCAAACCAAAUGGCAGUUUAGUUUAUGAUAAUUAUCACACUGAUGAGUUGAAUGGGCUGGAUGGGGAUUUACUAGAUGUAUUUUUCCUGAGAGAUUACUACAACAUCCUAGGUUAUGAUAACAUGGUUGAGUAUAUUGAAGGUGUCCUAUCUAGAGCAAGGUUGAGAGAAUUUAAGUUGAAGUAUGUUCCAGGUGCUUCCUGGAAGAAGGGCAAUGAGAAAAUAACGAAGGAAGAUAACGGUCUUGUUGUGGAGAAUUCAGAUGAAGAAGUAAAUUGGUUGCAAGUGUUGGCUUCUCAGUAUGGUUUAGUUAGAGAGUAUGCAGAGACUCUACUUAAGAGUAAUCCUGGUUCAAUAGUAAAGAUUGGUACAUAUCUUCAAGAAGAGGAUCCUAUCUUUGAAAAAAUGUAUGUGUGCCUGGAUGGAUGUAAGAGGGGUUUCAAGGCUGGCUACCGCCCACUGAUCGGACUCGACGGAGCCUUCUUAAAGAUUUGA